AUGGACCGAUAUCGAGAUGUCGCUGAGGAUCCACAGUCAGAUCCAGUACACCACCAUGCCUUCACUCAGGAUAUACCUUCCUCCCCUCCCUCUAUAGUCUCUGAAGCUGGGACUCGACGGAAGCCCAAGCGACCCCCUCCAGUAACACCUCGCUCGUUCAAAAGGUUUUUCACUCCUCGGUCAGCCCUCAACGCCACAAUUGGGAGUGUGCAUGCCAGUCGACAAGCACUGAAAGAGCUCAGCACAACGUCUGUCAAUAGACGCGGACCGGCGUUCACCAAAGCUAGGGCUUCGGAUGUCUCGAAUACUAUCAGCCGUGGGAUACUGAAAAGCCCCUUCACAGAGAUAACGAAGACACCGAGCAGAAAGCGGAAGCUAUCAUUCUCUUCAUCUGGCUCUCCACCGCAAUCUUCGCCUAUCCGAAAAGUGCGUCUUGCCACAGCCAUCCAAGACGAUCGUCUUGUUGAGAAAACCGUCAAUGAGAUUGAGUUAAAUUUACCAAUUGAAACGGCACUUUCACCCCGAAAGUUGAUUCAAAAGCAACUAUUUACUGUCAAACCGGCAAUCGAACCUGUUCGGAGAUCGAGAGCGCUUGCAACAUCGGGAGAAUACUGUCUACGUAGCGUUUCCGGGCGUAUGAACCGGCUCACUAUGAGGUACAAUUAUGGAAGUGACUGGAGAGAUCAAACGUCGGAUUUCUAUUCUCGACCGAGCGACGUUCAUCAGAAUAUCAGCGUCUUCGAAAAUCGGCUUUCGCUUCCGUUUUGUAUUGCACCCUGCAAAACAAAUUCGCUCGUGGCCAUCGGAGACGAAGAAGGAGGGAUCCGCCUUUUGGAUUCAGCGAAAGAAGAUAAGAUUGGAUUCUCGGAAGCACAUAUUGCACUUCGUGCACAUGGCAACUCGAUAAUGAACCUCGAAUUUUCCUCCGAUGACAUGCUUCUUGCAACUGCCGCUGGCGAUCAAACAACGUUGAUUAUAGAUAUGAACACUCAGAAAGCCAUUCAUUGUUUGUCCAACCACACUUCGUCAGUGAAACACGUCCAGUUUCAGCCAGCAUCAAAUAAUAAGAUGCUUGCAACAUGCAGUCGUGAUGGCACGGUCAACAUUUGGGACUUGAGGUGUAAAGGCCAUGAAAAUCCUUCUUUGCAAAUUCAUUGCGCUCUGGAUUCGGAUUCAGAGGAUAACUCCUCCGCGUCUUGCUCCAAAGUUAAUUAUCCUCAGCCUGUGAGGACUAUCCAGGAUGCUCAUGCUUCCAUGACCAGGAGCUCUAAACUGGCGGCAGUUUAUAAGCAGGAUAGCCAUUUUAGUAGAGAGAAUGUCACAGUUACCUCUCUUUCUUUCUUACCAGCAGGCCGUGAAAAUCUGUUCGUGACAGCGUCUGAGGCUAACGCUUGCGUCAGACUGUGGGACAUGCGCACGUCUUACAAUAUUCGCCGAGGAUUACCUGCCCCGUUGUCUACAACUCGUGAGCCGGACAGCCACGUCAAUCAUAGGUCCUAUGGUGUUACAUCUUUAGUGCUGAGCGGAGAUGGUUCCAGGUUAUAUACACUUUGCCGAGACCUGGCAGUAUAUGCUUAUUCGACCUCUCAUUUGGUUCUCGGUAGUUCUCCGGAUUUGGUCCUGAAUAACAAUCGGCCUCGACGUACUGGUGGUCCUGAUAAAGAAGGCCUGGGACCUUUGUACUGUUUUCGCCACCCUCGGUUGCAGGUAUCAUCGUUUUAUGUCAAGGCAGCGCUUCGACCAGCGAAAGACGACAAGGGGGAAAUGCUUGCCAUUGGGAGCAGCGAUCACUGCGCCAUUCUUUUCCCGACGGAUGAAAGGUUUCUGUCAUCAUCUCAGCCCACACAGCAAACUGAUUUGCUGCCUAAUACCCGGCCUCCUCUAGUACGUCCUGGUCUACGGCGUACCAACUCUGAGAUGUCGUUUACCAGUAGGCCGGAAAGUGCGAUUCCGACCUAUCGCUCGGGGACUCCUCUUGUCGGUGGCCACACGAAGGAGGUUUCGGCUGUGGCAUGGACCUAUGACGGCGAAUUGGUCACAGUUAGUGAUGAUUACAGCGCUAGAUGCUGGCGCGAAGGACCAGAUGCGCGCGACUUACGUACUGGAGGUGAAACAGAUGGUCGACGCUGGGGCUGUGGAUGGGCCGAGACUACGGACUCUUACGAUGACGAAGAAGAAUAA